AGCUGAGGGCGCAGUAGCUCCGGCGGGGCGGAGUUUGCCGCCGCCGCCGCCGCCACCUCCUCCUCCCCCGCCGUGGCUCCCCGUGUCAUGGCGGCCUCCGCCCUGACCUUUGUUCGGAGGUUGUGCUGGCAGCCGUUCUGCCAAGUGAGGUGAGCCCCGAUCGCCCGCGCACUGUCCGUGUGGCUGGGGGCUCUGGUGCCGUCCCGCCCCGGUGAGAGCCUGGUCCGAGAGCCGCUGUCUCCUCGCCGCGCUCCCGGGACCUACUAGUGUUUAAAAGAAAACCUUUGUUAAGUAAAUGGAAGAUGGAUUUCAGAGUGCGUACAGCUUGUGAAGUACCCCGUGAAUGAUCUUGCAGGAGUGCACAGGCAUUUGUCGUGGACUUUGUGGCUGGUCUGUCAAGCUAUGACUCCUCUUGCUUCUCUCUCUCUGAUGGGAACUGUAUUUUUUACCCAGCUGGGAGAGGUUGCUGGGCCCACAAGAGUCUUCCAGGGGUGCCAGUACAACAAAGGCGAGCACAAGCUGUUUCCAUUCCAGCAAUUCACCUGCACAUGACUGCAGCCACCAUGCAAGUCAGCCAGAAAGACUUCGAAAAGGCUCAAGAGCAACUGAAGCUUUUGAAAAAUGAUCCUGGGAAUGAAACUAAGUUGAAGCUCUACGCUUUGUUUAAACAGGCUACUGAAGGUCCCUGCAAUUCUCCAAAACCAGGUAUGCUGGACUUUGUCAAGAAAGCCAAGUGGGAUGCAUGGAAUUCUCUUGGCAAUUUGUCUCAGGAUGAUGCCAGAGAGAAAUAUACUGAACUUGUCUCAAGUCUGGUCUCUGCAGAAUCUGCUGGCCAACACAAGGAUGCUUCUCCAGAUGAGAACAGACUUGGCGGCUAUGAAACAAUAAUAGUUACCACCAAAAACAAUAUCACAAAAAUCAUGUUUAACCGACCUGAUAAGAAAAAUGCCAUCAACCAUAAGAUGUACAGAGAAAUUAUUAAAGCACUUGAAGAAGCUGGGAAAGAUGAUUCUACCAUUGCAGUUAUUACUGGAAACGGAGACUACUAUAGCAGUGGAAAUGAUCUGAGUAAUUUUACUGGUGUCAAACCUACUGAAAUGAAGAAGAUGGCAGAAGAUGGAGCAGUAUUACUCAAAGAGUUUGUGAGUCAUUUUAUUGACUUUCCUAAACCACUGAUUGCAGUGGUGAAUGGCCCAGCUGUUGGAAUCUGCGUAACGCUCCUUGGAUUGUGUGACAUUGUCUAUGCUUCUGACAGGGCUACGUUUCACUGUCCAUUUAGUCAACUUGGACAGAGCCCAGAAGGAUGUUCCUCUUAUCUGUUUCCAAAAAUCAUGGGCUUAGCCAAGGCAAAUGAGGUUUUGCUUUUCAAUAAAAAGCUGACUGCAGCAGACGCUUGUGUCCAGGGACUUGUCACUGAAGUCUUUCCCGACAGGACUUUUCAGAAGGAAGUUUGGGCGAGAUUAGAAGCUUAUGCAAGCCUCCCGAAAAAUUCUUUGACACUGUCAAAGCAGCUCAUCCGAAGUAUAGAAAAGGAGAAGCUCCAUGCAGUCAGCAGUAAAGAGUGCGAAGUCCUGAAGGAGAGGUGGUUGUCUGAUGAAUGCAUAAAUGCUGUUGUCACCUUCUUUCAGAAGAAAUCAAAACUCUGAUCUUCAGCAGUAGAAUAAUACGCCUUCUGGCAACAGCUUAAUCUGCCUUUAUUGUUAAUAAACUUUCUCUUCAAAUAAUAAUUCUUAUACCUUUUGAUGUGGCAUAUUUCUGUACUGAGUACUGGGUUAAAAAUGCUUGGAUCCAUUAUGGAUAUUUAGGUUGGGCAAAAAUGGUUCAUGACUCUGUAGGCAGCAGUGAUGUUUCUGAAUCUAACUGAUCUGAUGUUUCUGACUAAAGCAGAUUGUCUUCCAAAAGGAGCAGCAGAUUCAAUAGCACUGUAUUUUGAUAGCUCUACAUUUAAUGUCUUAUGAUUUUUUUUUAUUAAUCUGUGGGGAAGGAAAUACUGUGUAAUAAAAAAAAAAAUAAAUAAAAGUAUUUAAUUAC